AUUCCUAAUAACCGUAUCGAAAGUGAUUGAAUACAAUUUCAUUGUUUAUAAUAAUUAAAUUGAAUGCUUACAUCUAAACGAUAUUUAAUCAGUUACGUUAUGGAAUGAAGAUGAUUAUUAACCUUGUGAUACUAGGGCUUUUCGCUCUAGGAAGCUGUUUAGAAUCCACAACAGAGCAUUCAGAAAAAAAUCAAACCGAAGAAGAAAUGAAAAACAUCAUAUUGAAAUAUGUAGAAAAUAUCAAAGAUAUAGAGUCCCAAUACGUUAUAAACGAAGCUCUAUCGAAAUCUAUAUCACAUUAUUUAAACGGUAAAGUUAACGUACUGCCCUUGUACAGAAUUAGUUUGAAAAUUGACAGAAAUCCAAUAAAAAUACCAUGGACUAUACCGGAGAAGCCCACAGUAGGUGACACUGGCAGUAAACUCAAAUAUGAAUACAUAGAGGUUAAGACAACUAAAGAAAAAUAAAAUCUUUACAAGCACUAUAACUGAAA